CUCCUGUUUUCUAUAGAUGGGAUCCACAGUGUUGCUGCCCAAUGCAUGCUGCAGGUGACCAUUAUCACAGAUGAGAUGCUGACCAACAGUAUCACUUUGCGGCUGGAGAACAUGUCCCAAGAACGCUUCCUUUCACCACUGCUGGCUCUCUUUCUUGAAGGAGUAGCAACUGUGCUAUCUGCUCCCCGUGAUCAUGUUGUCCUUUUCAACAUCCAAAAUGACACAGAUGUUCAGGCUGCCCAAAUCCUGAAUGUUAGUCUGUCAGUGCAAUUGCCUGAUAGAAUUCAUGGGAGCCAUUAUAUUCCUUCAGAAGAUCUCCAAGAACGACUGUACCUCAACCGGACACUUUUGACUGCUAUUUCAGAGCAGAGGGUCUUGCCUUUUGAUGAUAAUAUUUGUUUGCGGGAACCCUGUGAGAAUUAUAUGCGCUGUGUCUCAGUGUUGAAGUUUGACAGCUCAGCACCCUUCAUUUCCUCCGACACUAUUCUUUUCCGCCCUAUCCAUCCUGUCAAUGGUUUGCGUUGCCGUUGCCCACUGGGUUUUACUGGUGAUUAUUGUGAAACUGAGAUUGAUCUUUGCUACUCUAAUCCAUGUGGAAAUAAUGGGCAUUGCCAAAGCCGUGAAGGAGGAUAUACCUGUGAGUGCCAAGAAGGCUACACUGGAGAGAAUUGUGAAGUGAAUUCCCGCUUGGGCCGCUGUACCCCUGGUGUCUGCAAGAACAGUGGCACCUGUGUCAACCUGCUGGUGGGUGGUUUCAAGUGUGACUGCCUUUCUGGAGACUAUGAGAAGCCGUACUGUCAGAUGAGUACCCGCAGUUUCCCAGGCCACUCCUUCCUUACUUUUAAGGGGCUGCGUCAACGCUUCCAUUUCACCAUUGUUCUCACGUUUGCCACUAAGGAACGGGAUGGUCUUCUCCUCUACAACGGGCGUUUCAAUGAACGGCAUGAUUUUGUUGCAUUGGAAAUCGUUCAAGAGCAAGUUCAGCUUACUUUCUCAGCAGGAGAAACCACAAGCACAGUUGCCCCAUUCAUCCCAGGAGGUGUGAGCGAUGGACAGUGGCACACUGUCCACCUGCACUAUUAUAACAAGCCUAUCGUGGGGACGUCUGGAAUUCCACAGGGGCCUUCAGAUGAGAAAGUAGCUGUGGUGACCGUAGACGACUGUGACACUUCAGUGGCCUUGAAAUUUGGCUCUAUUCUAGGAAAUUAUUCCUGUUCAGCUCAAGGGACACAAUCAGGCACAAAGAAAUCCUUGGAUUUGACAGGUCCCUUGUUACUGGGUGGCAUUCCUGACCUUCCUGAGAGUUUCCCAGUACGGAAUCGGCAUUUUAUAGGUUGCAUGAGAGACUUCCUGAUUGAUAAUCAAGAUGUAGACCUGGCUGACUUCAUUGCAAAUAAUGGAACUUUGCCUGGCUGCUCUGCUAAGAAGAAUUUUUGUGAUAGCAACACAUGUCAUAAUGGUGGAACUUGCGUCAACCAGUGGAAUACUUUCAGCUGUGAAUGCCCCCUGGGUUUUGGAGGCAAGGACUGCAAGCAAGAAAUGGCAAGUCCUCAGCGUUUCUUGGGCAACAGUCUGGUGACUUGGAGCAAUUUGGCAUUGAUCAUCACACUUCCAUGGCACAUUGGACUUAUGUUUCGUACUAGGCAGAGCAAUGGCGUCCUCCUCCGUGCUGCAGCGGGACAGCAUUCUACCAUCACACUUUGGUUAAAUGAAGGCACCGUGCUGAUGACUGUGUACCGAGCCAACAGCCAAAUUUCAGCUUUGAGGCUACACCAGGUGAAAGUGAAUGAUGGUGACUGGCAUCACCUACAAUUGGAGCUGCAUAGCAGCUGGGACAAUCCAGAAGCCCAGUGGUUAGCCAUAAUGGCUUUUGAUUAUGGUUUGCACCAGGUGAUGGCCAAUAUUAGUAGCGAACUUCGUGGACUAAAAAUGCGGAGUUUGAGUAUCGGUGCUGUGCUGGGGGAAAAGGGAAACCUGCAGCAUGGAUUCCGUGGUUGCAUGCAGGGUGUAAGGAUGGGUGAAACGUCAGGCAGCGCUAUCACCUUGAAUGUAAACCAGGCUGAGAAAGUGAAUGUGGAGUAUGGCUGCAGUAUCCCAGACCCUUGUGACUCCAGUCCCUGUCCUCUCAAUAGCUACUGCAAUGAUGAUUGGGAUAGUUAUUCAUGCAGUUGUGAUCCAGGUUACUAUGGAGACAGCUGUGCCAACGUCUGUUCCUUUAAUCCUUGUGAGCAUCAAGCCAUAUGUAUCCGCAAGCCCAGCUCAUCCCAUGGCUACACCUGUGAGUGUCCCGACAGCUAUUUUGGACCAUACUGCGAGAACAAGUUCGCUCAGCCCUGUCCCCGGGGAUGGUGGGGGCAUCCUAUAUGUGGCCCCUGCAACUGUGAUGUUGAUAAAGGAUUUGACCCUGACUGCAACAAAACUAAUGGAGAGUGUCACUGCAAGGAAAAUCACUACCAUCCAGCAGAUAGUGCCUCAUGUUUCCUCUGUGACUGCUACCAUACCGGCUCAUUGUCUCGCACCUGUGAAUCUGAGACUGGGCAGUGCUCCUGCAAGCCAGGUGUCAUUGGGCGCCGCUGCGACCGCUGUGACAAUCCUUUUGCAGAAGUUACCAUCAGUGGUUGUGAAGUGAAUUAUGAUAGUUGCCCACGUGCCAUUGAAGCUGAUAUUUGGUGGCCACGCACCCGCUUUGGUUUGCCUGCAGCUGCACCUUGUCCUCGGGGAUCUGUAGGGACUGCUGUACGGCACUGUGAUGAACACAAGGGCUGGCUGGCACCCAAUCUCUUCAACUGCACCUCACUGACUUUUGCUAUUCUCAAGGACUUUGCAGAAAGAUUGCUGCGGAAUGAAUCAUUUUUGGAUACAGAGCAGUCUCAGCGGGUAGCUCUCCAGCUUCGCAACGCUACACAAAACACUGAGAGCUUCUUUGGCAGUGAUGUCAAAGUAGCUUUUCAGCUCUUAGCUCAGCUUCUGAAACAUGAAAGCAACCAAGAAGGCUUUGGCUUGGCUGCUACCCAGGAUGUUCACUUCACUGAGAAUUUGCUUAAGGUAGGCAGUGCUUUAUUGGACAAUAGCAACAAGCGUCACUGGGAACUGAUCCAACAGGCAGAAGGUGGCACAGCGCAGUUGCUCAGACACUUUGAGGACUAUGCAAGCAUUCUGGCCCAGAACAUGCGCAAGACGUACUUGAACCCAUUCACCAUCAUCACACCCAACAUUGUUAUUUCGGUGGUGAGGCUAGAGAAAAUGAACUUUGCUGGCGCCAAACUGCCCCACUAUGAGACACUCCGCGGUGAGAAACCUGCAGACAUAGAAACUACUGUCAUCCUGCCUGAAAGUGUGUUCAAGGCUCCAGAAGGCAAACAAUCUUCGGUGGCUAGUGCCAAGCAUUUGCCAGGCACCAAUGAGGAAGAAGAACCUGCCCUUAUGACAAGACAGAAGAGACAUCCAGAUCUAAGUGAGGGCCAGGCCAUUGCUAGCGUGAUCAUCUACCGCAACCUGGCAAGUCUGCUUCCAGAGCAGUAUGACACAGAUAAAAGGAGUCUAAGAGUCCCCAAGCGUCCUAUCAUCAACACCCCAGUGGUGAGCAUCAGCAUCCAUGAUAAUGACGCAUUGAUGCAACGCGCCCUUGAGAAACCCAUCACUGUGCAAUUUCGGAUGUUGGAAACUGAGGAGCGGACCAAACCCAUUUGUGUUUUCUGGAACCACUCCAUCCUGGUCAGUGGGACUGGUGGCUGGUCAGCUAAAGGCUGUGAGGUUGUCUUCAGGAAUGAAACCCAUGUCAGCUGCCAGUGUAACCAUAUGACAAGCUUUGCUGUGCUGAUGGAUAUUUCCCGCAGAGAGAAUGGUGAGAUCCUACCCCUGAAGACGAUCACAUAUAUCUCCAUUGCUGUGACAUUGGGCAGCCUCCUGCUUACUUUCCUCUUCCUGGCUGGAUUGCGAACUCUGCGAUCUAACCAACAAAGCAUCCGCAAGAACCUAGUCAUCGCACUAUUUUUUUCUGAACUCGUCUUCCUACUGGGCAUCAACCAGGCUGACCUGCCAUUUGCCUGUACUGUCAUUGCCAUCCUGUUGCACUUUCUGUACAUGUGUGCCUUUGCCUGGGCAUUGCUAGAAGCAUUGCAUAUUUACCGCAUGCUGAGUGAAGUGCGAGACAUCAACUAUGGCCCUAUGCGCUUCUAUUAUAUGGUUGGAUGGGGUGUGCCAGCAUUCAUCACAGGACUUGCUGUGGGCCUGGAUCCUGAAGGGUAUGGGAACCCAGACUUUUGUUGGCUCUCCAUCUAUGAUACCCUGAUUUGGAGCUUUGCUGGUCCCAUUGCUUUUGCUGUUGCAAUGAGUGUCUUCCUCUAUGUCCUGGCCACCAAGGCCACGUGUGCGGCUCAACAGCAGGGUUUUGAGAAGAAGGGGACAGUCUCUGGUCUACGGUCGGGCUUCAUCUCUUUGCUGAUAAUGAGUGUCACCUGGUUACUGGCUCUGCUAUCCAUUAACAGUGAUGCCAUCCUCUUCCACUAUCUCUUUGUGGGCUUCAACUGCUUCCAGGGACCCUUAAUCUUUCUCCUCUGUGUCAUCUUAUGCAAGGAAGUGAGGAGGGCUCUUAGAUCUAUUUGUGGAAAAAAGCACAGCACUGAUCCUACACUCACUACCAAAUCUACCUUGACAGCAGCUUAUAUUUGCAACAAUACCUACGUGGAUGGGCAAUUGUACCACACACCAUUUGGGGACUCCACUGGUUCCUUGCAUAGCACUGUCCGCUCAGGCAAGAGUCAGCACAGCUACAUCCCUUUUGUGCUCAGGGAGGAGUCUGGCUUGAACAAUAGCCAGGUACACAUUGGGCCUGCGGAUCCCAAUUCUUUGUUCUUGGAAGACAAGGAUCAGAACAAUGAACGUGAUACUGAUUCAGACAGUGACCUCUCUCUGGAGGAUGACCAGAGUGGUUCCUUUGCUUCCACCCAUUCCUCAGACAGUGAAGAGGAUGAAGAAUUUCCCAAGGAACCCUGCUGGGAGAACUUACUGUGUCCUAACAAUGAGAAACUGCCAGCACUCAGCACUCCAAAGGUAGAUAACAUCUCUGGACCUGGAAACCCUUAUUGGCCGGGUGACUUUGUAACCACUGCCAGUGAGAGCGAUGGCCACCCUGCCUCAGAGUCGCUGCGGGUAGAACCAAUGGGUAAGAAUGACCGGAUGGGACUGACAGAGGAGUUGGCCAGAGAGAAUGGAGAGGGCAUCUUGGGCUCACUGCCUCACCCCACUGCUCAGCCCCAGAAAGGCAUUUUAAAGAAAAAAUACCUGCCACCCAUCAGUGAGAAGAGCAGCAUCCAGCGCAUCCAUAACAAGCUCUCCAGCUGCCGCUCAGGGAUGGUAUCCUUGCAUGGUUCUUCGGGGAGUGAUGGCAGCCGUGGAGGUGGGAUACCCCGACCCCGACAGACCCUACAGGAGCAGCUCAAUGGCCUUACACCUAUCACCAUGAGCAUAAAGACUGGCACAGUGGACGAGGACUCUUCGGGCUCCGAGAGCGAUGAAACCUCAAUCUGA